AUGAGCUCUUUUACCCAAUCUGUACUAAAUUUCGUGGCAGAAAUUGGAGAUUCUGGAGCUCCGGCGUUCUCUACUAAAGUAAGAAUCCCUGUCCAGGAUUGCAUGACGUGGUCGCACCACUCCCUGCUACUCGCGUCCACGGCAUGCCAUGCCAGGGACGCCGUCACGCCGGGCCGCCCGCUCGCUGCGAACCAGAUGCUGCUCUCGGGCCCCAACGGCAAAUUCGUGCUCGUCUUCUUCACCCCGCCGGGCGCCAACAACACCUAUGUCGGCGUCUGGUACGGCAAGGUCUCCGUCCGCAUGGUGGUCUGGGUCACCAACCGCGAGCACCCCAUCCCCAGCGGCGACGCAGACAACCACGCCGCCACGCUCUCCAUGUCCGCCACCGGCACGCUCACCAUUGCCAAGGGCAACUCGGCCUUCGUGUGGUCAGUCAAGCCGGCGACCGCCCUGGCAAGCCCCACAGCAUGGAUCCUGGACAACGGCAACCUGGUGCUCGCGGAUGUGGGUGGCGGCAUGGCGUGGGAGGGGUUUGACUACCCGACCGACACGCUGCUCCCGGACAUGAAGCUGGGGAUCAACUUCGUGAAGGGGCGGAACAGGACGCUGACGGCGUGGAAGAGCACUAAUGUCAUUCUAAUGCAUUGUGUAUAG